CAUUGUACAAUCUCAGAGCUGCAUGUAAAAGUCACACUUCUUUUCAGUUCAAGCAUUGACCAUGGUGUAUUAUACUGCUCUCAUACAAUGCAAACUGAAUAAUUCCAGAACUGAAAAGCUUGCAGGUUUUUACUACUAGUGCACUGCAUUGUACUAUCAACAUUGUACAAUCUCCUGUAUAAAAACCUGUCUCUGGCUCUUUAUUUUCUAUACUUUCAACGAUAUCAGGAAUAAUCUCUUCAGUAUCACGACUGCUCCAUCAUGACGGAUACCAAAGCCAAUCUGCAAGCAAAAGUUCAACGUCGUAUCGUAGUAACCCUCAUAUUUGGCACAUCAAUUGCCUACAUAGCAUGGGUUUACUACCCCUUUGAUGCACCCAAGGAUCCAACCCUUGUCAAUCGCCUGGUCUUCACUCUGCGGUGGCUGGUGCUCUCAAUGCUACCAAUUAUUUUUGGAGUUAAACUCGUGGCAGAUGUACGCUUCCACAACAUGGAUACCGCUGGCGUCAUGACAACCACACAAUACGCUGAGCAGCUAGUGCGCCUCAAACAACGGGCUCUCCAGAACACUCUUGAACAAACAGCGCUGCACGUACCCAUAAUGCUCAUCUUCAGCACCUAUGUGGAUUCGAACCACCUCAAGCUGGUACCUAUAGUCAUCUGCAUGUUUAACCUUGGCAGGAUAAUAUUCUUCAUCGGGUACCUGGCUACUGGUGACCAAUUCAACCGCGCGUUCGGAUUCGUACUGACUUUCUUUUCAAAUGUCAUACCUGUGGUGUACUGUUUGUAUCGCUUGUUUGUCAGUGGGGCAAGCUAUGGAAUAUAGGGCAUAAACAAACUGUAUGCAUUUGAAGA